UAUACAUAUAUGGUUUGUCAUAUCAACAACAAAAAUAAAAUCUAUUUAAAAUGAUAUUUAAAUUUGUAUAUUUAUUAUUUUGUGUAAUAUUUGUCCAGGAGUCGACAGCACAGGUAUGGCCACAUCCACAAUCAGUUAAGGCAACAAAAAACUAUCUGCAAAUAGACUCCAAACAGUUUACAUUUACCGAAAAGUCGCCGGAAAAAUGUGUCCUCUUGUCGGCGGCCAUAACUCGGACCAAAAAUGUAACAUUUAUACAGAACUGCGGUAAUACUCGUAGAGGCGGACAACAAAACUUUUACAACACAUUGCGAUCGCUGGACAAUGAGGUCAAUUAUAAUGGCGGUCUGUCUGGCAUUACGGUAGAAAUCGGUUCCUGUGAACAGUUACCGCAUUUGGGAAUGAAUGAAAACUAUACGCUAGUCAUCAAUGCCACGACCGGUGAGGCCUACAUUAAGGCACCGGUUAUUUGGGGUGCCAUACGAGGGUUGGAAACUUUCUCACAGUUGAUCGCCAAUGUCGGUCCGAAUCAGUUUGUCAUAAAUGAAACACAAAUUGUUGAUUUCCCUCGUUUUGCCUAUCGUGGUCUUAUGGUAGAUACGGCCAGACAUUACCUACCGCUAGAUCUACUGUACUCUAAUCUGGACGCCAUGGCCUACAAUAAACUAAAUGUGUUUCACUGGCAUAUCGUCGACGACCAAUCCUUUCCGUAUGUCAGCGAUGUYUUCCCCGAUUUGCACCGUAAAGGAGCCUAUAAUCCAGUUACUCAUAUCUAUAGUCAACAAGACAUCCACAAUAUUAUCGAAUACGCCCGACAGCGAGGCAUACGAGUAGUUGUCGAGUUUGACACACCCGGACACACACAGUCUUGGGGUAAAAGUCAAAAAGAUUUGCUCACCGAAUGCUAUACAAAUGGUACGAAAAACGGCAAAUACGGACCAAUAGAUCCAUCCAAUGAAAAGGUAUACGAGUUUAUUGAGAAACUGUUUGCUGAAGUGACCCAUACAUUCCCCGACCAAUACUUUCAUUUGGGCGGCGAUGAAGUGGACUUUACGUGUUGGGAGUCUAACCCAAACAUCAAACGAUUUAUGGCCGAUAAGAAAAUCAAAUCCUAUUCGAAACUCGAAGAUUAUUAUAUGCAACGAGUGGUUGAUAUUAUGAAAAAACUGAAAAAAAGUUAUAUCGUUUGGGAGGAAGUGUUCAACAAUGGUGUCGACCUAAAAGAGGAUACUGUUGUUCACGUAUGGAUCGGCUCGUGGGGUACGGAAAAAGAAAAGUAUUGGCGCCCAGAGCUCCAAAAUGUCACCUCAAAGGGCUAUCGAGCUAUACUAUCUUCGUGUUGGUAUUUGGAUCUUAUCAGUUACGGUCCCGAUUGGCAAAAGUAUUACCAGUGCGAACCGCACAGCUUUAACGGAACGGACAAACAAAAAUCGUUGGUUAUCGGCGGCGAACCGGCAGUUUGGGCAGAGUAUAUAAACGCCGGCAAUUUUAUUAGCAGAACCUGGCCUCGGGCAUCGGCCGCAGCCGAGCGUCUAUGGAGUCCAAAGAGUUUUAUUAUGCCAUCAGAAGCUGCCGAACGUUUUCAUCAGCAAAACUGCCGAAUGAUGGAGAGAGGACUGUCCGUCGAGCCUAAUGAGGGACCCGGUUAUUGUCGAUGCGAUUAUGCACUUUGAAAUAUUUCUCAAAAUAAACAUUAAUCAAAUAAAAUUUUUAAAAAUAUAUAUAUAAUUUAUUUC